GCUCAGGCAUGUAUUUAUGGAAAGAGGUGCGUCACACUUCUUGCAUAUCAGACUGGUGUGAAGAACAGUGAACAAGUCAGUCAAGACCUGUCACCAUGCAGAGAGUUGCUGUGUUGAUCCUUGUUGCCUGUUGUGCUCUCACAGCACUGUCUUUGGCCAAAGACACAAAUGGAUCCAAACUACCUUCUACUAUGAGUUCCGCAAAGGCAUUUGAUGAAACACCCCCCCCCACAACCCCUAAACCCACGACUACGAAGCCCACAACCCCUAAACCCACGACUACGAAACCCACAACCCCUAAACCCACGACUACGAAACCCACAACCCCUAAACCCACGACUACGAAACCCACAACCCCUAAACCCACGACUACAAAACCCACAACCCCUAAACCCACGACUACGAAGCCCACAACCCCUAAACCCACGACUACAAAACCCACAACCCCUAAACCCACGACUACAAAACCCACAACCCCUAAACCCACGACUACAAAACCCACAACCCCUAACACCACGACUACGACACACACAACCCCUAACACCACGACUACGACACACACAACCCCUAACACCACGACUACGACACACACAACCCCUAACACCACGACUACGAAAACCACUACCACAGCACCACCUCAACCUACUCCAGCUACCAAUCUGACUGUAGGAAACUACAAUUUGACGACAGACAAAGGAGUGGUUUGCCUAAUGGCUCAGAUGGCGCUUGAGAUCAAACUUUCAACACAGAAGGUCAAUGGAACCUUCAUUAUCAACCCAAACCAAACUACUGCUGCUGGUGAAUGCAAGGAAAACAAAGCCAACUUGACCCUUUCCUUUAAACAGGGCUUCAUCACCUUCCUCUUCAUUAAGAGUGUUGCUAAUAACACCGCCUAUCUUAAUGCUGUGUCUUUCAGUCUAUCCUACCCCCUUACAAAGUCAGAUGUUUCAGGAACUCCGGAAUAUAGUGCCAAGAACGACUCGUUGGAUCUGUUUGCUGCAAAGAUCGGACACUCCUACUCCUGCAAGGAUGAAUCUGUCUUCAUGGGAAAUGGGCUGAGCCUAGAAAUCUCUAACAACAGACUGCAAGCCUUCAAUGUCACUAAAAAUGAGUUUGGCCGUCCUGACUUCUGCCCAGCGGACCAGCCUGACUACACCGUUGCCAUCGCAGUGGGAGUGACUCUGCUGGUGCUCAUUAUCAUUGUGCUGAUAGUGUACCUGCUGGGCCGCAGAAAGAGGGCAGCUGGCUACCAGUCGCUCUGAGGACGGACCGGCCAUAGGUCUAAAACAAGUGACCUUCUGAAUGAGGGAUUGUGGGUAAAGAGGGACUUCCACUGAGCCAUCUAGGCCUAUUUGUUGCUGUUUUUCUGAUGUAUUACUAUUGAUAACAUUUGAACCAGAGAUAUACAAUACAACCUUAAACACACAGUUCAAAAAUAACAUGCAGUUAAUUAUAGACUCUUUAAUGGAUCCUUAUAGAUAACUUUAAUAUGUUUUUACAUACAACCACACAAAGUUACACAAGUUUGAGCCCAAAUUUCAUCAAAUUGAAAAUGUGUAACUUUAUGGGACACUAAAUUCUCUUUAAACUGACACUGUCAUAAAAACUGACAGAGAAGUCAAAGUAAAAGACUCCAAUUAUUAUUAUUAUUCUUGUUUUGCUAAAAAACAGAUCAAUAAGGGAUUCAUUAAAUUCUUGAAUGUAACAUUGACACUCUUUUUUCGCUGUCCGUAGCAUUAUACCUUUAAUGUUCAUUGGAACUUGUUAUACUUUAAGCCAAAAUUUACAAUCAGGUUUAAUGAGCAUAUUCCUGAUUAUCUGUCUCCUUAUAUCUAUUGAUUUUUUUUUUAAAGGUAACUUCUUGUUUGUAAUCAUCGGGCUUACAGAACAUAAGUGGGUUGAUUUACACUUGUGAAAUAAUAACUAACAUAAAGGGAAAAACUGAAAGGGAUUAUUUUGACAUCAAUUGCACCGAUUGCUGUUCAUUUGUCUUCCAUGGAGUAUGUUAUACUGUCCUUUUAUUUAAAUGUUGACUAAUCUUAAAGAGCAUAUCCUGCUGUAUAAACUUAUCUUUCUUUUAAAAUUUUAGCUUGUAAUGUAAAAAAAAAAAGAGUUUAUAGGAUGACUUGAAGUUAGUGAAUGAGACUGCACUCACAAUUUUACAAGUAGUAAGAAAUUAAGAUGUUCACAUGAAAAGCUGUAAUUCCAAGCUUUCUAACUCACCGUUCUAGUUCCAGUGCUUGCUGCAGAACAUUCUCACAGUUUCCAACAUCUUUUCUUUGUCAGUCAAGAAUGAAUGUGCUGGAAAUUUGCCUUGAUAAUCUAAGAAAUUCUUUCCUGUUAACAUCUUGUGCUGCUGACCCUCCACUCCCGGGUCAAAGCAGGGCAGGAAGUGUUGGACUGUUGAAGCCUGAGCCAGUCUGAAUCCAAUCAAACAAACACUUUCAUGCAGUCAGACAUGUCAUUUUAUAAUCUUCACAUCCAUUUUUUUAUACCUAGAGUAAGUGCUUAAUUUGUACAUGAUUUUUAUUUGGUUGUGUGUUUACCCCAGAAUGCCAUUUAAUGCAUAUUUGAUCUAGUUUUUUGUUCAAUUUGUUUUUGGCUUUAGAAACAGUUACAUUUUGCUCUGAUGAAAGUUUUUUAUAUAGACACAUAGUGUUUUGCUCCAAAUUAUUGAUCACAACAGAAAAUAUUACACAGCAGAAAAUUUAUUCCUAAUAUGCUGACGUGAGGCAGCAUGUUAGGAAUAUUACCUCCGUCAGGUGAUGUCAUUGGGUUUCUACUGUUGUUGGAUCAAAUGAAGAAGAUUCUAAGUGCAAUUGUAAAAAUUUACCAACAAACUCUGAAGGGAAUUUCUUCCAAGGGACCAUUCCAAUUCUCAUUCAUUUAAAAAGGGAAUAAUCAAACAAAUAAAAAAAAUAAUCUGAAUAAAAAGCAAGUUUAAUUUUGAAUCAAAUGCUUUCUGAAUUUUUCUUGUGGGAUUCAAGAAAGUGUCAUGUGUUGAACUCAGAAAGUCCCUUGGUGGCUCUUCUAAAAUGUGUUUUAUUUUAAGCCAUGUUGCAUCCACUUCACUGAGAAUAUUUGAAUUGUUGCAUGAAAUAGAAAUCUUGCAUGCUGUGGUUUGGGAAAAUGUAUGUUCUUCUUGUAAACAUGAUAUUGCACUGUUAAUGCCCUCCAGAUCCUGAAGUUGAUGCACUGUGAUGCAGUUAUGCGUACAGAUCCCCACUGGAUUUACAGUACAAUGCCAGUAAAACAGUGACAUGUUUGGAUUGAUUGUGUAUUUGCUGCAUAUGAACUGUAUUAUCAGUUGCUGGCUUCCUUUGAAAAAUAAAAACAAAUAUUGAAGGA